AGAGCAUCCCCCUGCCAAGGGGUACCCCUCCUGCUGCCGUUCAAAAGCCGCCGUCCGCGCAGCUCCGCGUCACUCUGCGGGCGGAGAUACGCCUGUGCUCAUCCUCCCGCCGCUGUCACUCCGGCCCCCUCCAGUCCUUGGGGUUCCCGAGGCUCGCAGCGAUGCAAACCAGCCGGGCUCCGGCCACCAGCGUCAGCGCCGAGAGCUGCAUCCCGGCCGGGCUGCGCCUGGGUCCUGUGCCGGGCAUCUUCAAACUGGGCAAGUACCUGUCGGACCGCAGGGAGCCGGGACCCAAAAAAAAGGUGCGGAUGGUGAGAGGGGAAUUAGUGGAUGAAGCCGGGAGCUCAGCUCUGGAGUGGAUAGGGUUAAUCCGGGCUGCCCGAAACGCCCAAGAGCAGACACUGGAGGCUGUUGCGGAUCUGCCAGGAGGACAGAUUUUCUACCGGGCGCUGAGAGAUGUCCAGCCGGGAGAGGAGCUCACCGUCUGGUACUCCAACCCUCUGGCGCAGUGGUUUGACAUCCCCGUCACGGCCACCCCGACGCACGACGAGAAAGGGGAGGAGCGGUACAUCUGCUGGUACUGCUGGAGGACCUUCAAGUACCCCAACAGCCUCAAGGCCCACGUCCACUUCCACUGCGCGCUGAGCCACGGCCGGUCCUUCCUCCACCACGACCACGGCCGGCCCGCCGCCGCCGCCUUCGGCCUCCCGCCCAAGGAGCUGCCGGCCUCCGCACUGCGUGGCCACCCGCCGCCGGGCUGCGGCCCGAGGGAAGCCGUCAAGCGGGAGGCCGCCGCCACCGCCUCCCCGCCGCUCGCCAAGCCGGGGCUCUCCAAACGGGCGGCGGGAAAGGAAGAGCAGGAGCGCGCCCUGGACAUGAGCGUGGGGGCCCCCCGCGGGCCGGGGCCGCUGCUGGGGCCGGCGGGGGGCAACGGGCUGGCGCUGUGCCCCGGGGCCCGCUCGGCUUUCCGCCCCGCCGGGCCGCUGCGGGAGGAGGCGCGGGGCUCUGCUGCCCUCGGCUUCUCCAAGCUGCUGGGGGGGCUGAAGGCGGGACGCGCCGCCGAGGCACCGCCCAAGUGCGGGGCGCUGCCGGGCGAGGCCGCUCCCCCCACGGGCGCGGGGCUGGCGUGCGGCGGCGGCGGGCUCCGCGCCUUCCCGCUGCUCUCGCCGCUGGAGGAGGCCUCGGCCUUUCGGCAGGUGGAGCGGGGGUUGCCCGCCGCCGCGCUGCCCCCCGCACGCUACCCGCCGCUGCCCGGCGGCGCGCUGGAGCGCUUCGCCCUGCCGCCCUUCGAGGGGCUGAAGGCUUACGCGGGGGAGUGCGGGCUGCCGGUGAUGCCGCUCACUGUCUACAACGGAGAGCUGCUCUACGGUGCCGCUCCCUACUACCCGCUGAAGCUGCACCUCGGCGGCCUUCUCAAGUACCCCGAGUCCAUGUCGUACUUCGGCGGGCCAGCGGCCGGGCUGCACGCCGCCGAGCUGGGCUCGCUGGCCAGCAUCGACCGGGAGAUUGCCAUGCACACCCAGCAGCUCUCCGAGCUGGCGGCGGAAAAGGGCCGCGGCAGGCUGGAAGCGCUGCCCGCCGGGGCGGCUGCGGGGGCCGGCGGCAAACCUAAAACCGGGCACCUCUGCCUGUACUGCGGGAAGCUGUACUCCCGCAAGUACGGGCUGAAGAUCCACAUGCGGACUCACACCGGCUACAAGCCGCUCAAGUGCAAGGUCUGCCUGCGGCCCUUCGGGGACCCCAGCAACCUCAACAAGCACAUCCGGCUGCACGCCGAGGGCAACACGCCCUACCGCUGCGAGUACUGCGGCAAGGUGCUGGUGCGGCGGCGCGACCUGGAGCGCCACGUCAAGUCCCGCCACCCCGGGCAGAGCCUCGGCAAGGCGGCCGAGGACAAGAGUGACUCUGGCUACGCGCAGCCCGGUGAGCAGGAGCAAAAGACUGACAACGAGAGCGACGUGGAUGUCUGCUUCACCGACGACCAGAGCGACCCGGAGAGCGGCAGCAGGAACCGCGAGCAGUGAUAGAGGAGGCGGCCCGGGGCGGGGCGGAGGCGGGGGGCUGGCUGCAGCCCUCCCUCACACUUAACUCUGAGUUCCUGGCCUCUCGGGGUGGUGCCGGGAGGCUGUGCCGCGGGGGAGUGCGGGCUGGCAGACCCCGUCAGUGGCGGGGCGGUCGGGAGGUCCCGGGUCUGCUGCCGCCGUUUCGCUCACAGUGCCGGGAGAAGGUCGGGGAGAAACCCUGGCGGGGCCGGGAUUCCCCCCGGAAAGGCACCGAGCCCGUGUUUCAGUGGCCAUAUAUUUUUAUUGUACCUUUGUGUGGAGGAAAUUGUGCCUUUUGGAAACGAUUUUUUUUUCUAUGUGCUCUCCCGUCGCUGUUUCCAGACGCCCGAACCGGGUAGUCCCGGGGCUGCAAGCGCCUCUGGCAUCUCUACACCGUAUCUGACACCUCAGCUGUGCUUUCUCGGGGCCUCAUAAAGCAAUACCAACAGCUUUCGGUUAUUAUUAUUUUUGUUUUCUUUUUGGUAAGGAAAGAAA